AAUGAUAAUGAGGUAUUCAACAUGGCGCAGUGAGUGCAGUCAGUGUUCGCGGUCGCUCCGAUGUGAAUGUGAUUUGCAGUGCGCACGAUGCGGCGAAGACGCAACGGCGAGAUACCCUUGCCCGACGGAUGGGAAAUGGGUCGCGAUUUCGACGGCAAAAUCUACUACAUUGACCACAACAGUAGGCAAACGUCUUGGAUCGACCCGCGGGACAGAUUAACAAAGCCGCUGAAUUUCCAGGACUGCAUCGGAAAUGAGCUGCCGCUCGGCUGGGAGGAGGCGUACGACCCCCAAAUCGGGGUGUAUUACAUCAACCACAAGAAUCAAACAACGCAGAUGGAAGACCCAAGACUGGAAUGGCGCUCUGUUCAGGAGAACAUGCUGCGAGAGUACCUGCAAACGGCGCAAGACGCCCUCGAGGCCAAAAAGGAAAUUGUGGAAGUCAAGUCGCAGAGACUGUGCUUGGCUCAGGACGAGUACAAUCAUCUCAGCAGUGCGCUCGGCACUCUCACCACCUCAAGAACGAGUUUGUGUUCAAGUUCAAGCAGCAUUAGUACAAAAUACGACCCUGACCUGCUCAAGUCGGACGUUGCUCUGGCCAAGAGUAGGGUGCAGAGGCUCAAAAGAGAGUUGGAGCAGAUCAAGACCGAGGUGUGCUACACGCAAAAGGGGGUUGAGACUCUUGCCUUAGUCGAGCAGAAGCUUUUAACGCACCAGGCUGGAUGCUACAACAUUUCUGAGGCUCAGGCCAUCUUGGCCGAGCUGAAGAACAUUCAAAAGUCGCUGUCACUGGGUGAGAGGGAGAAGGCUGAGCUUAUGCAGUCGCUGGCCAAACUGAAAGACGACCUCACCAGGCUACAGCUGUCGGAGAGUUCGCCAGAUGUGUCAACGCUGAGCAUUCCCCAGGAAAAGCUGAGCACUGCCUCACAAACUGACCUUUCAGUCGAGCCUGCUGUUAUGAGGCUAGCUGAGAUGGCUAGGAUGAGGUUGCAGUACGACGAGGCACGCCAGAGAGUGCAGAACAUUCAGCAGAAGCUAGCAGAUUUGGAAGAAAAGGUCACUCCAGGGCAGGCCGAGUCAGACAAGGACCGCCUUCUGUUGUUCCAGGAGAAGGAACAGCUCUUGAGGGAGCUCCGCAGCAACAAAAAGCACAGUCGUUCGCAGCAAGAGGUGAAGGAUAUUGAGGCGCAAAUUAAGCGGCUUGAGCAAGACCUUAAUGAUGCCAUGGAGAUGUCCAAUAGGGCAAUUGCCGACCGGUUGCGACUUCACGAGGAGAAGCAGCUUCUACUACAGCAAUUGAAGGAUGGUCUUCGAAACAUGGCCAUGUUAGAAUCGCAGCUCAGAACACUUUCGGCGUCCACACUAAGUGCAAGCUCAAGUUCAAGCCUUGGCUCUCUGAGCACAAGUAGCAAGGCCAGCAGCAAGGGUUCGCUGAGUAGCAGUCUCAGUUUUACUGACAUAUACGGAGGCCCUCAGUGCACUUCCACCGAGCCCAUUGACAUGGUCGAUCUUCACAGAAGAGUUGAGCGUCUUUUGCAAGGCAGCUCAACAUCUUCCGAACUCGCACCCACACCCCACUCUCAGCCGUCCCUUUCACCAAGAAGUUCAUUGUCCGUUUCGCCCCCUGUGUCGCCUUAUGAUCUUGGACCUCCUCCAGCGUACGACCAGGCCUACCACAGGGUAGCACCACCCGCACUAGACCGCACUCAGCUUGUUGACAAACUGGCUGAAUUGCGGUUGCAUCAAGCGGGACCCAAUUUCCUGCCAGUGCCACGACCAAAUGGAUUGGUACGUCCGAAUGUGCCUCUCGUCGACUUAGUUGACCUGAACAACAUGUCGCAAGGGUCAGGCCUUGGACGGCCAGGCCGCAACUUUGACUCUGUUAGUCUGAGCAGUGACGUAACAAGUAAUCCACCACUAUCGCCAAUUUCGGAGAUGGUGCCUGAUGUCUGCGAGUUAUCGUCAAAUGGAGGGCCCUCUGGCUCAAACACAAGAUCGGUCUCGGCCGCAGUCAGUGAUGAGUCCGUGGCCGGCGACAGUGGCGUCUUUGAGGCGGCUGCCAGCAAAAAAGGAUCUGGUCUUAACGAAAUGAACCUCGAAACUGCUCAAGUCCAAAUCAAAUUAAGGUACUCUGUUAAUGAUAGUAUGCUGUAUGUUGGAAUUGAAAGAGCGAGAAAUCUGUCAGCCCUGUUCAUCCCUGAGAAUUGUAAAGUUUGUAUAAAAGUUGCCCUGCUGCCGUCCAGUUCUUCUUCCAUGUCUGCUGGUUGCACAAAAGCAGUCGAAGACUUGAAGAAACCUUCUUGCGGGGAAAAUUUCCCCAUUCCUGUGCCUCUAAGCAAGCUGUGUGCCAAGACACUGCAAGUAAACGUGUGGUGUAUUAGACAAAAUUGCCAAGAAGAAUGUGUGGGUUCUGCUCAAGUGAGCAUGGCUGACUACAACCCUGAAAUGGUGUCCACCAAGUGGUACAACGUUCUCAGCUUCCGGUUUAUGCAGCCAGAUCAGCAGAAUGUGGCAGAGUCAUCAUCAGUUAGCGGUGUGCAUGAAAAACAAGAAAGUGAGAUUAGCAUGGGCCGUGCUGGCGCGCCUGUCAAAGAAGAAAGCAGUGACGAGUCUACCAUCAUCUCUUCCCAAACUUCGACCCUCACCAGAAACCAAGGAGCGGGUGGAUUAAUGGGUCCUGUGGACGUCCAGUUGCUGGAACUGACUGCAGGACAUGGUGAAGUGGAAGAGGAGGUGGUCAGUGAUGACGACGAAGAGGACGAGUCAGACGACGAAAUUAGUCAUGAAGACAUCAUUGAAGAAGUUGAUGAAGAGACGGUUGAGACAAAGGACCAGGAGACUAACACUGAGUGUGUUUUCAUUCCGGAGAAGGGCGCUAGAAAAAAGAGCACCGACGACUCUGCCCGUGCCAAAAUCAUUAAAAGAUCGCAAACCUUCUCCCCCAGUGCAGCUGUUAGCAAGAACCAGUACAUUUGCAGGUUGAACAGAAGCGACAGUGACAGCUCAAUGCCUCUGUACCGGCGUUCAAGUGGAGUUGCCUUCCAGCGUAACUCUGUUGAAAGACGAUCCCUGCGAUGGAAACACCCCCCGGUGUCUCCUCAGAGAGCAGCCUCAGCCGCUUCGAGGCACCCACGCACUUCCCUGGACCUCGAGCUGGACUUGCAGGCCCAAAACACCAAGCUGCAGCAGCUGCAGGAUGAAAUCCAACGGUUAAAAGAGCUGAAAGACCGCAUGGAAAUGGCCAAGACGAGCAGGGACUCUGACAGCGCCGUAUGGAUUCUUGAGGAUGAGCAGUUCCAGCGAUUCAUGGUGCAGGCUGAGUCUGAGAAGAGGCCAAAGACCCACGAUGAAAAGAGGGUGGACAAGAUGAUUAAAAAGACGUCCAAGGAAUUGUACAAAUUGCGGAAGAGUAGAGCUGGACAAGGAAAGCCAGACGUCAUUUCAUUCAAGGAGAAAAUGGCAUUCUUCACAAGAACAAACCUUAAUGUACCUGUACUGCCACCCGAGGACAACCUCUCCGAAGACUGCAAUUCCGACAGUGGCACCUUGAAGCGUGAGGACAGCGAGAGCAUCCAUGGUGUGAUUAUCGAGGAGGAGCGAGUUGAAAGAUUUGAGUAUGUCAUUGACCGUGAGCUUGGCGUUGAAGUCUAAACUGCAAUUAACUCGCAACAUAAAAGAGUCCAUUUUUAGGACCACAUUCUUGAAUUUUGACCUGCUGUGACAGCUCUCUAAAAAGUUAGGAAACAUUUAAAUAUUUCCCUCCGAGAACUUUGGUCCGAAUGCAUUUUGUGCCUUGCAGCUUGCCAUAAAAUAGUUGUUUUUUGCGUCAACACCACCGAGUUGUUAAGAUCUUGUUCUUGCAACAACCUUUUUGAUGAAACUGCCUUGAUUACUCUUAUGAAUUAUAAGUAUGUUUUUGACUCGAAGUCGUUUGAUAGUUAUGAUUGGUGCCUAUUUUGUUUUUUACAAGAAACUUUCAUGUUUGGUAAGCUAAUUUAUGUGUAAAAAUAGCAUUCCUUCUUUCGAAGAGAUCUGAGAUUAAACUUGUAAUGGCCUUUGCAUUCUUUGCAUUGAUGUAUAAUGCACCGGCAAAAGGAGGGUACCCACGACUUCUGCUUUUAGGCAGCAUUAAGUAUUCAACUUGUUGACAAGCGUUUUGGAAAUUUAAAAUAAAAAUUAUUAGUGCCUCGUAUUAAAUUUUAAACUGUUGCUCAAUUGGAUUAAUCAAUCAGCGUUACCAGUUAAAAUUGAACUUUAUAAAACUUAAAUUGUUGCCUCUUAUACACUUAAUUGAUAAUGUCUGCGAUCUGACUACACAAAUUUAUAGCAAAUUUAUCAUGUAUAUGUUUGUCCCUUUUUAAGGACGCUCAAAAGUAAACGCAGCAAGGUUAAAUAUUUUAAGAGAGCUUAGAAAAUCUUGCAAGUUGCAAAUCCUUAUUGAAAUGUUUGUAAAUAAAAGUAAUUUUAAUUGAGGGCUUUCGAAUUCUAAUUAUGCUAUGUUAUCGCAAUGAUUGGCAAGUUCAGUGCCUUCUUACGCAUGUUGUUGUUGUCCAAUUUAAAUCCCAAGGGCAUGAAGUGUGGCAAGUUAUGUUCAAAGUAUUUCCUGGCGAAUUUCUCAUCUUGUCAUACAAUCAAAGUACUACUCGCCUUGACGACUUGCCUUAUGACUUGAAUGAAGAGCUUCUGUGUUGUUGGUUGGCUGAGUUAUUUUCUAUAUUCUCUCUCAACAAUUGUCUAAAUGUGUAAAAUAGUGAAUGGAUAUAUUAUUAUAUAUUUGUUGUACGCAGCUGUCUGAAACUAUUUUCAAUCGCCGUAUAAUUUUGUAUAGCUACGUGUAAAUAGCAGAAUAAAAAGAUGCAAAUUACAUUAUUUAUGAAAAGA